AUGUUGGUCCAUAUAGUGCUUCAAAUAAUUUUAGGUAUUUGUCCCACAUUUUGGGGAAAGUUGCCAUGAAUGAUGCAGGAUGGGAGUGGACAGCAGGGACCUCAGGAAGGGACAGGACAUGCUGAGAUUUAUGCUUUGGGAAGAUCCACUCUGGCUGUUGGGUGGAGAACAGAUUGUAGGGAAAUGGGUUGGUAAACAGGGAGACCGGCUCGGGGACUGUUGCAGUUGUCCCAGUGAAAGGUGAUGACAGUCUGAACCAGGGAUGUGCAGAGGAGUAGGAAGGAGGGGACAAUUGUGAGGAGUCAUCCAGAGGUGGAAUUUGAUGGGACCUAGAAACCAGUGGCGUGGGGAUCGGGGGACAGGAGUCUGGGAUGCCUGGGAAGAUGGAGGUGGCAUGACAGAGGCAGGGAGCCGGGUGGAGGCUAAGGUCAGGUUGAAAGGGCAGGAUAAGCAAAGCAGUUCUUGCUGGGGCCAAAGGGUUUGCCUCCAGGUUUAGCAAUGAUGCUGUGAGGUUCAUUGCCUGUUAAAUAAUAGCAAACCCACACUUUAAAUUAAAUUAAAAUGCUUUUAGUUUAGCUCUUCUAAGUGGACCCACACAUGUAUUCUCUACUAGUUAUUACUGAGAAUGACUAAGUAUUAUAAUUGAGCUGAAAAUAAUCUGCCGCCCAUACUUGCUGGGUUGGUUACUAAGUAUUGCUUGGGGUUUUAAGCAGUGAAACAAAGUUGUGCUCUUUCCAAAUGUUAAUUUUGAGGACUGCAGAUGGUGACCAUCUGUUCCACGACUAGCAUUUUACAAUAUUUGAUUACUACUUUAUAUAGUUUGGGAAAACCUGCCAGGGGAGUCUGCCCGUCAGGUUGGGGACUUUGGUGGUAUGUCCUCAAGGUUGCCCUUGAAGGUCUUGGCCGCCAUUCUGUGGGGUUCCCCUCUGUUUGCUGGGCUCAAGGGUGGCCAGUCAGCCUGGCAAAUCGGUGAUUCAUAGCAGGAGGAACUUGAGGAGCCCUGUCUUGUCCAGACUUCCUCAGAGCUGGAACCGUCAGAAGCUCAUCAUGGGAGAAUCUGGAACUGCCUUCAGUCUAGAGCCGUACUUCCAGGAUUCAAAUCCCAGCUCUCCUUUAUCAGCUGUGUGAUCGUGGGGGCAGAGGGUCUUGGGAAUGGCCCCGCUGCCGGGGGCAGAGCUGGUCCAGAGGCCGCUGCAGCUCUACCGCUACUUGCUGCGCUGUUGCCGGCAGCUGCCGACCAAGGGCAUCCGGGAGCAUUACAAACACGCGGUCAGGCAGAGUUUCCGGGUUCAUUCGGAUGAAGACAACCCUGAGAGAAUCCAGCAGAUUAUUAAGCGAGCCAUUGAAGAUGCCGAUUGGAUCAUGAACAAAUAUAAAAAACAAAACUGAGAACCCAGGGCCCAGCGAGUAAAGCCUUCCUGAAGACAUCUGAAGUUGGGAGAUCUCCCUUCUGGAACUCAGCAGCAGCAGCAGCAGUUCUGGAAUAUUCAUCGGCCUUAUUGGCUGAAAGACCAAGAAAUCCCGGGGAGGGAGAAGCUGCCCUUUUGCUCAGAAGGCUCUUCUUGCCACAGUCAUGUUUCCAGCGUCCUUUAUGUUCGCUCUUCCCGCCACUCACGAUGUGAAAUUAGGAGAGAAUAUGGUGUUUUUUUGUUUUUUCUCUGUGUUUUUUAUUUUUGUUUUUUUGUUUUUUUACUUUGCUCUGAAAGUGAUUCAUUUAUUCUGGAGGUCUCUUUACCAUUCUCUGAGCCCCAGUGCAGACGUCCCGUCGGGGGGCAGCGUGUACAGAAGGAAGAGGAUGGGGCUUAGAAGCAGACAGAUCUGGAUUUGAGCCCCCACUCGGGGGCAUGUCACAGGUAUUGCCUUCGAGCUCAGUUUCCUCCUCUGUGAGGAUCCAGUGAGAUGAAGUUGAAGUGCCUAUCACAGGAUUUGGAACAUGGUAGCACCAGUCAGUGUCCCCUCUGGGGAAGCCACCCUACGCGGCCCCUCGUCUGCGCCAGCACCCACCGCGUCGGGGCUCAGCUGUCUGUCUGUGGCUUGCCCCGCCCUGCGUGUAGCCCCCGAGCCCUCCCAGCUGUGCCAUGCCCAGCCGUCUGCCAAGGAUCUGCUCUUCCUGCCGGCUGCCUCUCCAUGCCCAGGCGGUCCUUGCCUUCAAGGAGUUUAUCGUGUUCUUGAGUUCGUAGUGUCCUUGAGGUGAAACACACACUACGUGGAGCAGGGGAGACGGCCAGCGCUGAGGCUGUAGAUGCUGCCUGUUCAGGCCUCUGUGAACCUGUGAUCUGUCUCAAUGGCCCUUCCCUGUGUUGCCACCACCAUGGAAGAACAGCAGGGAGGGACAGAAAGAGCACAGGUUCUGGGAGAACUGGCCAGAGCGGGUAGAGCAGCCAGAAGAUGCAGAAGAGAAGCCACACUGGGCCUGGAGUAUUCCCCAGGGCACUCAGCCAAGGGAUAAGCUAUUGUGUGUUUGUGUCUUUGCAAUUAUGUGACUUAAAGUGACUCAGAUACAUCCACAUGUAUGUAUGUAUGCAGCUAACAAUGAAGUAAACCUAUCAAUUUGUGAAA